GUACAUCACAUAACGUACUAACGUUACUAACGCGUUACUUUUUUCAGUAACAGGUCAUCUAACUAAUUACUUCUACUGUCAGCCAACCUUCCCCCCCAGGCACAGAAAGAACGGAAACUGAUAAUAUGUACUUAAGGCAGGAAAAUGCAAAAAAAAUAAAAAUGGAGAGCAUACAAACGUAUUCAAGAGUCAAAUUGCAUAUUGAGUACUAUAAAUUCCUACAUGUUGGCAGGUGUGUGCUAACUUUGAAAGCACACCCCACUAUUUGAGAAGCACUGCCUUAACUCAAUUUUUUGUAGACCAGGUCCAAGCACCACACACCUGCCCUGCCCUGCGCUGCACCUGCGCACCUGCGCACCCGCGCUUCCCCCAAUCCCAGCGGUUGUAAAGUGUCAAAGAGGGAGAAGAGAAGGCGUAAGAGGGUUUAACACAGCCAAGUGUAAUCUUAACCAAUCAAAUGAAUGUCUCUUGAAUUCACCACAUACGCCACCUGGUGGGACACCUCAUGUGUUCCUGACAAUUACAUUAAACACAGCAGCAGGCUAAUCCAGGCAUCUUACUUGUUUUCCACCAGCAUUCCUGAUCUACAUGGCCAAAUAAUAGAACCUUUCAUGGUAUAUUGGCACCAUCUCCUCAUCAUCAUCCUUGACAAAACAUGAACAGUAAAAUAAAAAAUGUCCUACAGCCAGAUUAUCACUACCAACUUUAUAUUCAUGCUUGUUUUUACCUUGUUGUUCAUUAUUAGUUGUCUAAGGGCUCACUUUCUCUGUUUCCACAAUGUCAGCAUUGCGUGUUGGUUCAUUUGCAUACUAACAGUGAUUGGUGGUUACUGAGGGGACAGGAGAGGAACGAGGAGGGGGGGCUAUAUCUGGGAUAUGAAAAAGCAUCCACCACAGCCACGGAGAUGAGUGAUGAGUGGAUCUUUUUUGUGUUUUUUCUAGCCGAAUUUUCACCCCUAAAAUGUUGAUUGGGGGGGGGGCAAGCCAUUGAUUUAAUGCCCCCUCACACCCCACCCACCCAAGUGUAGAACCGGCCAGGUUGACAUAUUUUCAGCAAGUUAGAGUUCCCAUUAUGCAUGACGUUUUUGAUCUGAUAUCAGAUGUGAUGGGAUAAUUAAUACAAAAAUGUACAUGCUGGUUCAGACGCUUCAACUAAAUGGUGGAUGCUGGUUGCAUUGAAAUGUGACUGACACGCUGAAAAACCUGCCUGUGAGGUUUUGGUGUGCCUGUGUGCUUUUCACUGUGAAAAUUUGGUGACCUCCCCUGGUGUACCGCCACGCCCAUCUCGCCACAGUCCAGCCUACCAAAUUGACUACACACAGUGGUGCGCUGGACCAAAUUACCACUGCGUGGGGUGCGCCACCAUCCACUACCAUGCGGCACCUUGCGCUGCGCCACAAAAUUACAGCCCCAAGGGAGCAUCUAACCCUAUUUCUGAUUCUAAUAUUUGGCUACACGCAGUGGUGCGCUGGACCAAAUUAUCACUGCGUGGGGUGCGCCACGACGAUCCAUCACCAUGUGCCACCUUACGCUGCGCCACAAAAUGACAGCCCCAAGGGAGCAUCUAACCCUAUUUCUGAUUCUAAUAUUUGGCUACACACAGUGGUGUGCUGGACCAAAUUACCACUGCGUGGGGUGCGCCACGAUCCAUCACCAUGCGCCACCUUGCGCUGCGUCACAAAAUUACAGCCCCAAGGGAGCAUCUAACCCUAUUUCUGAUUCUAAUAUUUGGCGACACACAGUGGUGCGCUGGACCAAAUUACCACUGCGUGUGGUGCGCCACCUUACGCUGCGCCACAAAAUGACAGCCCCAAGGGAGCAUCUAACCCUAUUUCUGAUUCUAAUAUUUGGCUACACACAGUGGUGCGCUGGACCAAAUUACCACUGCGUGGGGUGCACCACGAUCCGUCACGAUGCGCCACCUUGCGCUGCGCCACAAAAUUACAGCCCCAAGGGAGCAUCUAACCCUAUUUCUGAUUCUAAUCCAAACUCUACCCUAAAUCUUUAACCCUAGCAUACCCAGUAACCCAAUAUACUACAAGAAUGUAACAAGGUCGAAAGAAAACAAGCGAUUUAAAAAACAAAACUAGUCAAUAAUACUUGUGAUAGUUGUCUACAUGAAGGUGAAUCGUCAGACAGAAGUGUAUUAGCCGGCAGCACCAAUCCUUAUUAAAAGAUAAGUGGGCGGCACCUGCUUGAACAAAUAGUGGGUCAGACCUGCUGACUCCGUCAAGAAUUAGGUGUCGUGUGCUCGGGAUGGGAUUAGUCCUGAUAAGCUUCCCUUGUCUGCCUCGCUGGACAUGUCCUGAGCACGAAUGUCGCCCGCCAUUUGGGCGUUUUUUGCCAGACUAUGGAUGGAAUUUAUUUCCUGCUGGUUAGUGUUUUUCUUCACGUGCGAGGGUACGAUAGCUUUUCUCAGUGUUUACGAGGGUGCAGCUGUAUAGAGGACCGUCAUGGAAGGUCUCUCAUAUGCAUGGAGGAGAACGCUUUUGGGGCCAUACCAGAGAACAUUCCACAUGAUAUGACCAAAAUCCGAAUAGAAAAAUCAAAAUUCACUGAAAUCGGUCGCCACGCUUUCUCAGCGACGCCCGCCUUAGAGAACCUGUGGUUGAACUUCAACGACAUCACCUUGAUCAACUCCAAAGCUCUAGAAGGUGUGAGGAAUUUGACUGAGCUCCGCCUGCAAGGGAACAAGCUGCGCUCGGUGCCAUGGACGGCGUUCGAGGACACUCCGGGCCUGAAGAUCCUGGACCUGAAACACAACCAGCUGGACGUGCUCCCGGAGCACGCGUUAAAAUAUUUGCCCGAUCUGACUUACUUAGACUUAUCCUUCAAUCAGCUUACGGUCAUAUCCAAGGAGGUCUUCCAAAACUGGCCCCUGUACCAAAAACUGCAGAGCGUGGAGGAGCGGGAGUUGAGCGCUUCUCGACCGAAUGUGGUCUUGGCGCUCCACGACAACGCUUGGCUGUGCGACUGUCGCCUCAAGGGCUUUGUGGAGUUCAUCAGGUCUCUAAGUCCCCCGAUUAUUCUGAUGAACUCCUACUUGACCUGCUCCGGGCCGGACUAUAAAGCGGGCAAGUUCUUUCACGAGGUUGAGCUCCAAGCCUGCAUGAAGCCCGUGGUGACCACACUGUCGUCUAACGUCAGCUUGCCGCUGGGCGCCAACGUUACGCUGCGCUGCCUGGCCAAGGCCCGGCCGGACCCUGCGGUGUGGUGGACAUAUGGUCUGAAGAUAAUCAGAGGAUUUCAUGAGUCCCAGGAGAGAGUGGAUGAAGACACCAUCAGAUCCCUCCUGGUCAUCCCGUCCCUCCACGGGGCCGACCGCGGCGUCUAUACUUGCAGCGCCGUCAACUUCAUCGGAAACUCCUCGGCCAACAUUCAAGUGGACAUCCUCUCUCCAGGAGGCUCCCAGUCGUCGUCCCAUGUCGGUUUCCCAGCAGAAGCGGCAGUCCCCGACGAGAACGUCUACAUCGAUAUCCGCAUCGCCAAGCAGACAGUGCGUGGCAUCGCCAUCGAGUGGUUCGCCGCUUUGGACCGCCCGGAUCAGACAUGGUUCACCAUCCAUUUUGGAAGAGCCGAUUCCGACAAGAAGGAGACCAUUUACAUCGGUCCUGGUAUCCGCUCCUACUCUGUCUCCGAUCUGAUGCCCGCCACCAAAUACGAAAUCUGCGUCACCCUCAAGAACCAAGCGCCACGUCCGGAUCAGUGCGUCGUGUUUGUGACCGGAAGUGACAUCACCGAGAUGGAGCAGAGAGAGAAGCUGAUUCACAUCGUGGUCAUCGUCCUGGCUAUGGUACUGGCUGUGCCUAUCGGCAUGUACGCCUGCACCACCGACACCCGUUUCGCCUGCUUGGAGGGGGUGAUGGCGUUCUGGAAAAAACGUCGAAGCGAGAGAGGCUCGGCCGGAUUGGAGGGCGAGCGGCAAGGCACCUUCGACAGCCUGCAGGCGGCCAGCGACGAGGGCCUGGUUCGUAGAGAGUCCAGUGAAGACAGGAAGGCCGGGAGGUUUGUUGCAAAGAUGUGAUUUCGCACCUUUUUUGUCAAGAUUGUUGUUCAAGGGAUUGCACCAUGCGCAACACUUUUUUUUCUCUCUCAGUUCUCUUGUUAUUUUGCAUUUUUCUUUACUUGCUGCUUGAAUUUAAUUGAAUUUAAUUGAAUUUAAUGCUUGGUUACUCAUUUUCCUCAUGAAUAAACAAAGAUAUAGAUAUAAGAUAUAAAGAUCUGUAUGCCGUUGUUUUUGUACUGAAUCUGAAUCAGAAUCAGAAUCAGAAAAGGUUUAUUGCCAGGUAUGAUCAAACACAUACUAGGAAUUUGUUUCGGUAUAGUAGGUGCAGACACAUCUAUUAAAAAAGAAUGAAAAAUACAAAAUAUACAGAAUAACAGUAUAAAUAUAUGUACACAGUCUGUUUUUUGUUGUUAUUCCGGAAGUGCAGUCUGAUUGUUUUUCCUAAAAGUCCAAACUGGGCGUUAAUGUAACGCAUAUAAUGAAGGUGUCAAAGUGGCAGGAUGAAAAAAAAAAGAAAAAAAAGAAAAAGUUACCACUUCCACACAAAUAGGAGGAGAACUCGUUCAUUCAUUCAUUUUCUACCGCUUAUCCUCGUGGGGGGUGCUGGAGCCUAUCCCAGCUGUCUUUGGGCAAGAGGCGGGGGUACACCCUGG